GGUGUCGGCAGCGUGCGCAUCGGAGCGAGCGGCCUGGCGCGCGACUCGGGCAGCGGCGUGUUUGCGGGGCGGGGCCUGCGCGAGGGCGAGUGCGUGGCCGCCGUGCCCCUCGGCGCUUGCCUGUGCGCGGGGCAGGGCGUCGACCUUGCCGCCCGCCUGCUCCGCGAGCAGGCCCUGGGUGGCGACUCCGCCUUCGCGCCCUACGUGCGCCAGCUGCCCCAGGCGGAGCAGCUGGCGAGCCACCCGCUGCUGUGGCCCGCCGGCGCCGCGGCCGCGUCGCUGCUGGCCCCGUGCCCGCAGGCGAGCCGGAUGGUGAGGCACUGCCGGAUGCGCGCGUCCCAGGAGGCGGCGGCCCUGGUGCAGGCCGGCGCCGCGGAGACGGAGGAAGGCGCCCGCUGGGCCCUCGCCAUCGUCGAGUCGCGGUCCAUCACGCUCGGGGACGGCAGCCCAGAGAGGCCGCUGGCCCUAGCGCUCUGCCCCCUGCUGGACCUGCUGAACCAUCAGGUCCCGCGACAGGGGCAGCCGCCAUCCUGCACCGUGCGAGAGAACCGCGAGACCGGCGCAGUGGAGCUCGUCGCCAGCGGCGCCACCAGCGAGGGCAGCGAGCUGUGGCUGGAGUACGAGCGGUGCUCCACCGCGCAGAUUUUCGCGCGCUACGGCUUCGUCCAGCGGUACCCCGAGGGCGACGCCGCGGGCCCAAGCUGCCUGCUGCCAGUGCCGGUCGGAGAUCCUCGGCUGCCGGGGGGGGCGGAGGCCGCGGCUGAGCGGCUGCGCCUGCUCCGGGCGGACGGGUGGAGGCGCAGCGCGUGGCGCCCGCUGCUGCUGAAGAUGCCGGACCACGCGAGGAGCACAGGGAGCCUCAUGCCCGUGGCCCGCCUCUGCGCGCUGCCCUCCGCCACACCGUGCGCCGCUUCGGCCCCGAGCUGCUGCACGGCGCGCGCUUCGGCGCCCGCGGCCUCGAGGCGGGCGCGGCGGAGCUGGCGCGCGCGUUCCUGUCGGAGGCGCAGACGAGCGUGGAGGGCGCGAUCGAGCAGGCCGAGGCGGGCGGCGCCGCGGCAGGGCACCCGUGCAGCUCGGCGCGGGCCCUGCUCGGGGCGGAGCUGGGGGUGCUGCGGCGGUCGCGCGACAUCCUGGAGGCCGCGCUGGCGCUCUGACGGCCGGCGGCCGGAGAGGGCGGGCCGGAGGGGGCGCGCGCCCACAAAUAUGGGAGGCCGCGCGCGGGGCGCCGUC